CUUUACAGCGCGUGCUCGAGCACUUCCGGUAGCCCGUGGCGGCAGGGGCGGCUCUUGCGCUGGCCUUAGCUGCGGGAGCUUUGGGCUCCCCGCGGGCGUGUGUGCGGGCCUGCGCGAUGGCGUCCCGAUAUGACCGGGCAAUUACUGUCUUUUCCCCAGACGGACACCUUUUCCAAGUGGAAUAUGACCAGGAAGCGGUGAAGAAGGGAUCCACGGCGGUUGGAAUUCGAGGUACUGAUAUAAUUGUGCUUGCAGUAGAAAAAAAAUCUGUUGCCAAGCUUCAAGAUGAAAGAACUGUGAGGAAAAUUUGUGCCCUAGAUGACCACAUCUGCGUGGCUUUUGCAGGACUGACUGCUGAUGCUACAGUAGUAAUAAACAGAGCCCGUGUGGAGUGCCAGAGUCAUAAGCUAACAGUUGAGGAUCCAGUCACUGUAGAAUGUAUAACUCGCUUCAUAGCAAUGCUAAAGCAGAAAUAUACUCAGAGCAAUGGACAAAGGCCUUUUGGUAUUUCUGCCUUAAUUGUAGGUUUUGAUGAUGAUGGUAUCCCAAGAUUAUAUCAGACUGAUCCCUCUGGUACUUACCAUGCUUGGAAGGCAAAUGCAAUAGGCCGAAGUGCUAAAACUGUCCAAGAAUUUCUAGAAAAGAAUUACACAGAAGAUGCAAUAGCAAACAACAAUGAAGCUAUUAAAUUAGCAAUAACAGCUUUGCUAGAAGUUGUCCAGUCUGGUGGAAAAAACAUUGAACUUGCUGUAAUAAGAAGAAACCAACCUUUGAAGAUGUUCAGCACCAAAGAAAUUGAAUUACAAGUAACAGAAAUAGAAAAAGAAAAGGAAGAAGCAGAGAAGAAAAAAAAGAAGACUGCCUAAUUCUUAGGAUGAACACUGACAACUUUUAAUGUUUUGUUGUUCUCCUUGAAAUUACUUUGUGAAGUUUUAAAGGAAAUAAGUUGACUUGCAUCAUACAUUUAGUAGUUCUGUGCCAUUAGGACAGUGCCACAGUUGUGGCUGUCUUCAGUCUGUAACAUGGACAAACAUACAUAAGUAUGAAGAUUUUCUUUGAAAAGAGAUUUCAGUAAUUGUUGAAAGCAAUCAUAAUCCCACAUAAGCCUGAAACUAUGCUUUAUAAUUUAUUAUCCAAUGUGUUACUUUCCUUCAUAUAUGCAAAUUUAAUUAGGAAAAAAUGUUAAAUAAUGUGACAUUUGCAUAUUGAC